CAUUGCAUCAAAGUUAACCAACCACACCUUCUCUUGAUAUAAUACCACACACUCACAAUCCCAUCUACUACAUCUCUUCUGCUUCCUCCAAGUCCUUGGACAUGGAACCGGAGAACCACGAGCUAAACCUUGACUUAGGCCUCCAGCCAUCAUCCCAGCUGGCCGCGCCGGCUGGGGUAUUCCCGUGUAACUACUGCCAGAAAAAGUUCUAUAGCUCGCAAGCUCUCGGGGGUCACCAGAAUGCGCACAAGCUCGAGAGGAGCCUUGCCAAGAGGAGUCGGGAGCUGGCCACGGUCCUCCACCAGCAUGCAAGCUCGACAGGAGCCGUGUCAGAGAGACAGAAGGAGGAGAGCAAGUAUAAUGUAGGGAAGUUUGUGAGCCCCGAGGAGACGAGGGUCUCGACAUGGCCUGGGAGUUAUAAGGUAUCAGACGACAAAGGAGAGCUGGUUGAUGAAAUCGACCUGUCCCUAAGAUCCUCGUGCCAAUGAUGGAGUGGAAGAGCUAUCUCAUAUAUGGUGAGGGAUCGCGUUGCAUCAUGGGUCAUCACGAGAUACUGGGGAGACGUGAUAGUACUUCAAGAACAAUCUGAAUCGCAGA